AUGUCGACGGGGAACAUCGAUAAUUUAUACGGUGAUACUGGUGGUUUGCCAUCGGAUUCAGUUCUUGCAUUACUUGAUCAAGAUACUCAAGUAUUAUUUGCAUUGAUUAAAAUAUUACUCAAAGUUUAUCCGGUGCUUGUAUUUAUAUUGGGUUCAUUUGGAAAUUUACUUUCAUUUUGUGUUUUAAUUCGUACAGCUAUGAGACGCUACUCAACAUUUUGUUAUUUAGCUUGUCUUGCUCUUGUUGAUCUUGGAGUUAUAAUUACAUUUUGCGUCAAUUUUAUAUCUCUAUAUCAUUUUAAUCAUGAUAUUCAAAAUGAACCAUUGCAAUGUAAAUUAUUUGCAUUUUGUAUUUAUUUUCUUCCACAAUAUUCAUCAUGGAUAUUAGUUGCUGUUAGUAUUGAUCGUGUUAUAUCAGUUAAAUAUCUUCGCUUAGCUAAGACAUGGUCAAAACCAAAACAUUCAGUAUUAGUAACAUUUGUCCUUGGAAUAUUUUUGGCUAUUCUCAAUAGUCAUUUUUUUCUUUAUAAAAAUCAUGCGAAUGAACAACGAAAUCAACAAGAAACAACUAUAUCUAGUCAACAACAACGAAUAUCGAAUAAUAUUAGUGCAUAUGCAACUUAUUUAUCACCAAAUGCAUUUGAUACUUCAGAAGGACAUAGUUCAGUUUUAAAUAUUUUUUCGGGUUUAGGAGAAAGUCUAGGAGCAAGUGAUUCAUCAUUAUCAUAUGAGCCAUUUACACCAGUACCAAUUGAAUCUGUUAGUCGAGAUACAACUAUAGAAGGUCCAUUUGACAAGUUUAUGUCUACAAAAUCAAAGUUUACACCAUUUUUUGAUGUGAAUGUUAUACAUUGUUCACCUGAACAUUCAACUCAACAUAUAAGUCUUUAUCGUUAUUGGGUUUGGAUUGAUCUUGCUAUGAAUGUAUUUAUACCAUUUACAGCAAUGAUUGCUUGUACAAUAAUAAUUAUUUUAACACUUGUUCGUUCAUCAUCUCGAGCUUGUUCAACAUCAGCUCGUCGUUCACGUCGUCGUCGCAAUAUAUCUGUGAUGUUAAUUACUGUUAAUCUUGUUUUUAUUAGUUUAACAGCUCCAAUCGUUAUAUUUUUAAGUAUAUAUGAAUACGUUAAAGAUGACUUUAAUAAUUAUCGACACACAGUAUUAGUAUUAAUUAAAAUUCUUUGUAUUAUUUUAAUGAAUCUUAAUCAUUCAGUUAAUAUUGUUAUUUAUUCACUUACAGCACGAGAAUUUCGUUCUGAAAUGACUAAUUUUUUACAUGCAGUGUUAUAUUGUAUUAUUGGUAAACCUACGAAUUCAAUAGAUAUUUCAUUUACACAUGAUGAUGGAACAUUCUUAUCACGUAUAAGACGUUUUAGAAAUAAUUUAUUUAAAUGUUGUCGAAUGAAAGUACAUUCAAAUUCAACUAAUACAACUGAUUCAAGUGGUUUACAACAUACAACAAUGCCUCCAGGAACAAAUAAUACUCGUGUAUCAAAUAGUAAAAAAAUGAGUAAAUGUAAACGUUUAGAACGAAAUGGAAAUCGAAAAUGUUCAAUUGUACCUAAUAGUGAAACAUUAACACAUAAAAAUACUCGUCAUCUUACUGUACAAUUACAAGCUGAUGUUGUAUCAUCUGUAUAUGAACGUGAAGAUAUUUCAUUUCAUGGUUUAUCUGUAUCAACUGAAGAUUAA